ACUCUGACCAUUGAAUCAGUCUAGUUUUACUCUGAAAGGGAAUGGAAGGAAGUGACGUUGGCGGAUCGAGCACAACCGGUUCGCCGCAAACUGGACGGGCUGGUGGAGAUGGCAGAGUUGUCGUUGUAUUUAACAAAUGUGAAUGUUUCCCUGGGUCAAACAAUGGAAACUGAUAAGGUUAGUUUCUUAUGCGGUAACUCAAGAAUUCUUACGGUGGUAAACUCAAACAAAACAUUUUAAGACCAUUAAACUACUUCCUUAGCAGAGAGCUAACAGUCAACAAACAAAAAGUAGCUCGAGCUAAUAAACGGACGAGCGCGAGAGCACUAACUGAUUCCAUUGUCCUGAGCUCCUCACCUGUGUAACAUUAAACUAGUAAUCAAGUUAUUUUCACUCUAUGGAUAUAAUGCAAGUUUGAACUUUGAUGUGAAAGUUUAUGAUGGUUUAUUGUUGUUUUUAUAUAAUAUUAUGAUGUAUAAAUUUGUUUAAUUUGUGGAGAGUUGACAUCAUAUCCAGAAUCACUCGAACAUCAUCUUAAGGAAACUUUUAUAUUUACAGUUUCUCUCAUACUGAAAGUAAGUUUACAGGAUUAAAGCUCUACAUAAUGCUGUGGCUGGUUUGUAUGGUUUGAACUUCACUUGAACUCCUGUAGGCUUGGCUGGGCUUGCUUACCAGCACUUGCACAUUACAAGCCAAACAAACUGAAGUGUUGUGUGCUUUUUAUUCGACAUCAUGCAUAUCAGUUUUCUAUCUCACUUGCUUCCAGACUUCAGGACGGGUGACAGACUUUGAGAGGUUGGAAAUGGGGGACUGUACGGAAAGGCAGAAAGUCAAGGUUCCCCGCAAAACCAUCUACUUUGCCAGUGGAGAGACCAUGGAGGAGUUCAGCACUGAUGAAGAGGAAGAGGAAGACCCUCUGAAGACAGAUGUCAUCACUGUAGAUCCGGUAUGUCAAGAUAAAUAAUCACAUUUUUGGAACAUUUUUCAAAGAUUACAUCACCUGUGUCUGUUGAUAAAACUUAAGCCCAAUCUUUACUAAUGCUCCACAUCAGUAUAUGAAACUGCUGGUUUAUCCUCCCUAGACCCCUCUAGGUAGUCCCCAAAAGUAAAAUCUGCAGGUUUAAGUUAUGAGUGGCCCAGGAUAAAUUACCAGGUUUACAAUUUUGAGGUAGUGACCCAAAGCAGAGGUUCUCAAGUCCAGUCCUCGAGGCCCACUGUCCUGCAUGUUUUGGAUGUUUCCCUGCUCCAACACACCUGAUUCAAAUGAUCAGCUCGUUAUCAAGCUCUGUAAUGGCUUAAUAACGAGCUAAUCAUUUGAAUCAGGUGUGUUGGUGCAGGGAAACAUCCAAAACAUGCAGGACAAUGGGCCUCGAGGACUGGACUUGAGAACCACUGACCUAAAGGAUGAGGUUACAGAUAUAGUCGGUUUAAGCGGUUUUUCUGUCACCGUUGAGCACAGCGGGGUUCAGCCUUAGAGAUGAGUUAAGUGCUCAGACACCUGGAGGAAGCUCAGAGUAAAGCCACCAUUUCUUUGCAGCCCAUGGAGCUGGUUGGGGUGGUUCAAGCACCUGACAAGGAUGCCUACCUUUGGAGGUUCUGUCCAACUGGAGACUCAGGAAAAAAAAACCCAGAGCUUGAGAAAUUCAUAUAACCCAUCUUGCUUGGGGAGGCCUCAAGAGUUCCCAGGAUGAGCAAGAAGAAUUUGCAGGGUAGAGAAGUGUCAGGAGUGAUUUGCUUAUCCUGCUGCUUUGCAAGAUGCAGCUGUAUAUGAACAGAAUAAAAUGAAUGCAUAAAUAACUUAACUUUUUUAUUUUUGAAGUUUAUUUUAUUUUUUUAUUUUAUUUUUUUUCUACCAUUUUUGCCUUUUUGUUAGCUAGGACAGAGGGAAAUUUGGGGGAUAGAGAGAGAGGGGGCAAGACAUUGGAUAACUUUUUUAAGACUUGAGGUGAUACUAUUCAAGUAAUCCUCGGUUAACAAAUGUAUCAUGUGGUUGGAUUGUAAUGGUUGUCUUCCUGGUCUUUUUGUUUUUUAGUCCAAACUGACCUGGGGACCAUAUUUCUGGUUCCAGGCAUGGAGAAUGGCCACUUCUACAAUCUCAGGUAAAAAAACAAACUAACAACUACAAUGGCGGGCAUUUAUGCUGAAAGCAACCUGUUUCAUAAAAGUGUAACUUUUGAGAGUUUUUAAAUAUAUAAUGAACAUGUGUGUGUUCCUGUAGUGUGUGACUACAUGGGAGAGAGACUUGCCUCCCUCCUCGGCAUCACAACCCCCAAAUAUCAGUAUGCAAUUGACGAGUACUACCGCAUGAAGAAAGAGGUACGUCACAGGGACGCACACAUCCUUGAGUUUCAUUUGUCAGUUUCAUGUAAACAUGAGUUAAGUCACACCUUAAAAGCUGCUCUUGCGCCUAGGUCGCAGUUCCAACGUAGCAAAGAUCCACUCUCAAAUAUGAACCAUGAAAUGGUUCACACACUGUUGUUUAUCUGCAGGAAGAGGAGGAAGAGGAGGAGAACCGCCUAUCUGAGAUGGCAGAGCAGCGGUUUUCUGAGCAGCAGAGAGGUGAGCAGGAUGAUCCUCGCUCUGCUACAGUGGAGCAGCCUGAAGCAUCUGGAGCUUCUUUUGUAAACAUAAGCUUUGAGCUGGACCCAGAACCUCCUAUCAACACUGCAGAUGCAAACAGAGUCCCCUCUCCUCUUCCCUCCUGAAAACUGACACACAAAACACUACCAGUCAUACAUUUCAAUCUGUUUGUAAAAACAUAAUUUAGUAAAGUAAUAUGGUUAUUUUUACAUGUUUCUAAAAAGAGAUUAAAUGACAACAUACAGGGGGAAAUUGAAGGGCUUUUUAGUGGCUACAUUGGUAUUACCUGAAAAUGUAGAUUUAUAUGUGGUGUAAAAUCAUAUCCAAGACUAAGAUAUAUGCAUGAACUUCCUUUUGACUGAGCUGGCCCAGGAUUUGUCUCUGUCUUGAAUUGACAUCAGUCAAGAAAGAGAAAUAAGUGCUGUAUCCUAACCUUCAUCCUAAACAGUCAGCAAUCAUAAUGGUAGAGGGAAAUCAUUACUGACCAGGGGGUGAGUAAAAGGUAACUUUACCUCAUCCCAGAGAUAAGGAGCAACACCAACUGGCUCAUGCUUUAACCGCUGAAAAAUCCUUAGUAGUUCUAUGCAAUGUAGGGCAUUUCACUGUAAUGAAAUGGCCUGGUACUGAAUGUGUCUGCUUCAAGUCUCUAUGUGUAUUUUCUCUGUAAAAAUGUCUGCACCCCCUUGUGUGUCAGCUAAGCUGGUUCUUCCUCGAGUUUUACCUUUAAUGAUAAUCAGGGAUUGAUGACACAAGUUGCCAGAACCAGUGCAUUGCACUGGGAGUAUGCUGACUCUUUGAUUUCGGCCUGUCCUGGCUGUAUGGUUAUCUACAAUUUUCAAAUAAGGGUGAAUGAUUCAGUUCUGAUGUAGAUGGACAGAUAACACAGAAAUCACUUAUACGUUGAAUUAAAGUAUGUGAAUUUCUUAAUAUCUUGAAAAUGUAAUAUGAACUGCAGUCAGCAAGAUGUGAAUGAAUUAAACUCUGAAACUCUGAUUCUUCAAAUUUCAACUUAAAAAGUGCAUAAUGUAUAACAUAUCCAACACAUCGGCUUUAGCAGUGUAAUAGUCACUGGAACUACCCAAAGGUGAAUGUGAACUUAAACAUUUCAACAUUACAGUCUCCGACGUUCAGAAGUCAACGCUGUGACUUUGAUUAGUUCAUGAGCUUUAAGUUAUGAUGCAGAAAUAACCUGGAUGCUGCAAAAACAAGUGUCAUCUAUUAUCGUUUAAGGCAAAUGUAGGUCCACUCCACAUGAACAGGAACUUACACCAAAUACUGUAUUUAAAUCACCUGUGAGCAUUAAACCUACUGGCGAAUUAAUUAAAACUUUUUGAUAUAUCAAUAACCAGAGAUUUUGAACUGAGGAGGUUUUCAAUUGAAACAUUAAUUUGAAACAUACAGCAUGUCAACUAUCCAAAUGUAGAUUUACCUGAUUUGUCCAGGAUCCCGUAUGUAACACAUAGUUAUGAGAUACAGUGUUUCAUAACUAGAUGGCAAAUAUGGUUAUGAAAUAAAUUUAUUGGACCUCAUUGCUUUCAUGUAUUGCUUCCCCAAAGCCUGAGAUACACCUGCCCAAAAGGGUUGUUUUGAAAAUAUUAACUUAAGUAGCUCAAGUUAAUUCAUAGUUCUGGCUGACUCAGUAGAAACAGAAUAAAACAACCUUCCAGUCGUUGUGGAACUUGGCUGUAAAUGUCUAGAGUAAAAAUAGCCAGGACUUUCAUACAGUAAAUUAAAUAAUAUUAGGGUUGUCUUCAUUCUUUUAACCACCCCUGUUAUUUGGAUAUUUUGUGACUGUUGCUCUGUAUUGACAAGAAAAGCUCCCUAUUAUCAGAGCUAGUACUUUCAUGUCUGUGUCAGGGUUCAUUCAUGAAGUGUCCUUUUGGAAAUGUUUUAUUAGUGUACUGUUCAGACUAUUCUUUUAUAUAUUUCUGAAUGACUAUUUUUUUACCCUGUUUCUUUACGAGCCUCCCACUUUAUAAAUGAAGCAACCAACUUUUGGAAUGUGCCUUUGUAACUCAUACUGGAAGUAAUAUCGUAACCUUUGAGGUAGUGAAGUGUGGCUUACGGUGGUAAAUGUCUUUACUUCUGUCAGUGGAGGAUAUUAUUCAUGAUUUGUGUGUAAAAGGUCCGUUUUAUGCAAUAUUCAGGCUAUUUUGACAAACGUAAUGAAUCUGUAUAUAGAUAUAUUUAUAUUCUCUAAUAAACCAUCAAACUUGUAAAAAUUUGA